AAGAAACUUUUAAAAAAAAUCUUAAAAAAUUCCAAAAGUUGCCAAAUUUUAUGAAUUAAGUGCUUGCCAAUUUAUUGAACCAAUACUCAAACUACAGGAUCAAGUUCUUGCCAAUUACCAUCAACUUUCAACACGAAAAACGAAUUAUUACAAAUCGAUUAUCGAAAAUUUAUUUAUUAACGUAAUUCACGUGAUUGUGUGAAAGAAGAAAAAAUACCUAGAAAAAAAAUUAGUGCUUGAAAUUAAUUACAAGGUCAAUUGAUUGCUCGCUCAUUCGCUUGCAGCUCUCAUCUAUUCACACCUAAAACAACAAACAACAUCAUCAAGUACAACAAAUCGCACUAGAAUGGAGUUCCGAUUCGAUUUAAGUGACUUAUUCCGACAUCCAAUUGUCAAAAUCAACAAUUCCAUGCUCCCAUCGGGCUUUGUUGGAGAUCGCCGUACUGCGUUCAUCGACGAGGACGAUAAAAAGCGAUGGUAUAAAGAAGCCACUGCCAAAAUUGCCGAAGUCGUCAACGACAUUGGAGAGACGUCCGCCAAAUCACAAGGCUUGAGUGUUCCCGUUACCAGUGGCGAAAAAUUGCGUCGUUCGGAUCACGUUAUCUACUUGCUGAACGAGAAAAAUGAUAAAAAAGGUUUAGUAACCGGCUUCUUAAAAAUCGGCAAAAAGUCCCUUUACUUGUUCAACGAACAGGGUAAGACGGUUUACGUGAGUGCCAUCUGUUUGCUUGACUUCUGGAUCCACGAAUCCCGUCAACGACAAGGCUGGGGCGGCAAACUCUUCCAAUACAUGUUGGAACAGGAAAAUUUAUUGCCGCAAGAGGUCGCUUACGAUCGUCCAUCGCCCAAAUUGUUGAACUUCUUGAACAAAUAUUACGGUCUGUACACGAAAAUCCAACAAUUGAAUAACUUUGUGAUUUUCGAUGGAUUUUUCGAUAAUAAGGGUGAUUUAGAAAACGUUGACCGUCGCAUGCGCAUCACCGCUAGUCCUAACUGUAAUCUCUUUGGGCCGCAAUUCGUCAAAGAGGAUGAGGAUCUAACACAUCAUCACGCUACUAACCAAAGACGCUCAAACUCACAAACGCGCGGUGCCGUCUCGAAUCCGCUCUCGCCCUCGAUGGUGCAACAACAACCGCUUGGCAGAUAUGCGGCACCGAAACCCAUGUCGAGCAUGAGUCAGAUAAUUCAUAAUGCCCCGACAACCGUAACUUCUGAGUCACCGAAUAGUACUAAUGAACAUUACUACCAAGAGUACAAUUCUUUGCAUUCGCCGUCGUCCCAAGCACCGGUCAAUCACGAAGCCGCUGACGAAGACGACGACGACGAGCAACCCGAAGGCGACUACCAAAAAAGUGUCGAAGAUCUCGUGGAUGGCGUUGCGGAAAUCGAUUUCGCCGAACAGCAACGUCAAGCUUCGCGUCAAUCGUCUCGUCCGCCAAGCGUUCCGCAAUCCCCAAUGCGUUCGCAUGCGGUACCCGAAUCGCCACGCAGCACCACAAAUGGUCAUCAUACGCCCACAAAAACUGACGGCACCAACGGGUAUCAUCAGCAGUCGCCACGAAAUCCCAAAAUGCCCGUUUCCAAAAUGCACACGGGCCAGAAAAAUAUUUCGUCGAAUGUGUUUGCGGCCGUUUCGCCAGGACAAAAAAUGGAAUUUGAUCAGGAAAAGAACGAGGGAUUUGGCAGUGUGAAGAUUAACAGGCCGAUCCGGAAUCCGAAUGAGCGACAUGAAACGGAUAGUGUCAUGUCGCACGAUAGUCGGAUGACGGAGCAAGGGCACUUUGACUUGAAAUAUUAUCACAACCGGUUGUGGUAAUUUUUUUUUUGGCGUGAAUGAGAAUUUUUUUUUGAAAGAAAAUGAGGAGAUGGAUAGGAAAAAAUAACUUUUUAAUGUUAGAAGCGAGCUAAAAUUACUAAAAAAAAACAUUCCUUUGUGAAAAAAUUUAAUUUUUUUUUCAUUUAAAAUUUAUUUUUUUUAAUUUUUUCUUAAUUUAAGAUUUUUUUUUAUUUUUUAAAAAGUCACGUUUUUGUAGACUUGUAGAUCAAUUUUUGCUAAAAUUAUUGAUAAAAAGUACAAAAGACCUUCCUAGUCUUAAAAUUUAAUUAUAAAAUUAGUUUUUGUUAA